CUUUUCUUCAGACUUCUUUCCCAAGUUCCAUCGUCGAGAUAUUGUCUUCGCACAAACAAAACCCUAAUUUUUCUUUCGACGAAAUCUCAAAUUCUCCUUCAAUUUCACACAACGUUGAUCGCUCUUCUAUAUCUAUUAUAGCCAUGGCUGCUAAAAUUCUUGCAAAUUUGAUUGUAAUGGGUUCUGGAAUCUUGAUUAGGGGAAUGGUUCAAGCAUAUCGUCAAGCACUUCAGAAUGCCUCGAAGACGGGUGUUGCUCAAGAAACAUUACAGAAUGCUGUGCGUAGAGGAAGCAAAGCUAUGACUGAACAAGAGGCCCGGCAAAUUCUCGGUGUCACCGAGCAGUCAUCGUGGGAAGAAAUCGCAAAGAAAUACGACACCCUAUUUGAGCGAAAUGCAACGAAUGGGAGUUUUUAUCUGCAGUCGAAGGUUCAUAGGGCUAAGGAAUGCUUGGAGUCGGUUUAUCAGAAAAAUCAGCCUGGUGAUCCUUCAGUUUGAAUUUGACUUUCAUCGACCAAAAGGAUUUUAAAAGCAUUUGUAUAUUUGUAGUCUGUUAGAUGCCGCUGGAGAUGAGUUUUGUAUUCUUGAAUUGUGCUUUCACGAGCCUUUAUUAGCCAUAUUUUCGUGUUGUGUGACUAUGGUGAACAGACUACAAUAAUACUAAUAUGAAUAAGUUAAUGUACUUGAUCAUUAUAACUCUA